UUAAAUUUUUAGAGCCUCGUAAAAACAAAAAAAAAUAUCGGUCGAAUUUUAUUUGGUGCAAAGUUAAAUGUUGAAUAUUCAUACGUGGUUUGAUGCAAGGCUUCACAAUUCCGUGUAUUCGAAUAAUAUUUGACCAAAGUAAAUAUAAUAUUGUCAUAACGUCAUGAAUUGGGCAGCUAACAUCUGUAUACUAAUAUUUCUCUUCAAACAGAAUAGUGCCAUUCGUUUGCACAAGAUGUUCCAAUUUCUAGACGGUUACAAAUCCGAGCAUACGUUACAAGGAUUCCUACAUGUAGGCAAAGAUUACGCUGUAUUCCUUCGGAAACCGCACUCCCACGACAAAUACCUAACCUAUGAACUUUAUGAGGCGAAAAACGUUGAUACUUUGAGCAACUUGCCGAGAUUGCUUGCGAUAUCAAAGGUACCUGUUGUGUACAUAAAAGAACAACUUACGACGUUUCGGGACGAAUUAUAUAAAGCGAAAUACGUAGAUGGUAAUGUUGUGCCGGGAACCCAAGUGAAAACGUUAAGGGAAUGGCAGAUAUCAAGGGCAUUGACCUCACAAAACAAAGAAAACGUUGCAGAAACACAUGUACUUCAAACUAUUGUGCUUUAGCUUGGGAUGUAAUUAAUGGAAUGAUAUAUAUGAGAAGAGUUAUCUUAAUUAAGAAACAACCGAUUAUUCAAGUGAAAUAUUUCGUAAAUAUUUUUACGUCUAUUAACUAUACACAAACAAACUAUUUUUGUGAUUAAAUAAACUAUAAAUUGAA